AAGGUGCUCAACGCCCUCCACGAGGUGCAUUCGCGUCACGGGAACCCUGUUUUGAUCACGGACGAGGAGGCGGACCCGCAGUUGAAGGAGCUGUCGAAGGCGAUAUUUGAGAUACCACACACUGUUGACUGUUUGCAAAGUGUGUUGGCCGUUAUUCCACUACAAUUGCUCGCAUUCCACGUUGCCCGGAUGAAGGGACUCGACGUCGACUGUCCACGCAACCUGGCCAAAUCGGUCACUGUGGAGUGA